GUUUAGGUUACGUGCCAUAUGAUAUUCCUAAAGACACACUGCUGUUGGACCUGCAGAGCAACAGGAUCACAGAGAUCAGGGAGGGAGACUUUAAAGGAAUGAGCAACCUCUAUGCCCUGGUGUUAAGAUAUAACCAGAUCUCCAAAGUUCAUCCCAAGGCAUUCCUUCCUUUGAAGCGUUUGCAGAAAUUAUACAUCUCCCACAACCUUUUGACUUCCAUCCCCAAAAACCUGCCUCCAUCCCUUGUGGAGCUGCGUAUCCAUGACAAUCACAUCAAGAAAGUGCCGGCAUUUAGCUUCUCAGGCCUCCACAACAUGCAUGUCAUUGAAAUGGGUCGUAAUCCACUUCAGAACAGUGGUUUCGAACCUGGAGCAUUUAUGGGCCUUAAACUGAACUACUUGCGCAUUUCUGAAGCCAAACUCACCGGAAUUCCCAAAGACCUUCCCAGUAGUCUCAAUGAGCUUCAUUUGGACAGUAAUCAGAUUCAGGCCAUUGAGUUUGUGGAUCUCAGCCAGUACACCCAGCUGCAGAGGUUGGGACUCGGCAGUAACCAGAUUCGCCACAUUGAGCACGGUGCUUUAUCUUACCUCACCAACCUGAGAGAGCUGCACCUUGACAACAACCGUCUGUCCGGUGUGCCCAGCGGACUGCCUCAUCUGAAGUAUCUGCAGGUUGUCUACCUCCAUUCAAACAACAUCACUAAUGUUGGAGUGGAUGACUUCUGCCCUACGGGUUUCGGAGUGAAGAGGGUGUUCUACAAUGGCAUCAGCCUCUUUGACAACCCAAUCAGGUAUUGGGAGGUGCAGCCCGCUACAUUCCGCUGUGUCAGUGACCAAAUGGCUGUACAGUUUGGCAACCACAAGAAAUGAAAAAAAAAAAAUGCACAAAGCCAAUCCAGGAGAGCAAGAGGAAAAUGCCCAUAAUUUGUGUAAAUCGAGAUAUUUGAGUGAAGAAGAUGAAUAAACAUUUUCAUGGAGGCAUAAUUCAGAAGAAACAUGGACUCCAUUUAAACGGAAGUCAAACCGGUCUAUUGAAAACUGAAUAUUGAUGUGUGUAAUUCCCU